GAUUGUGCGAUGAUGGAGAGAGCGAGAGAGGGCUGAGGAGGGGGACUGGCCUUGCAAGGGUUAAAGGGAACCGAGCUGCCUUCCUAGAGAGGACAGGAAGCAAGGGGGGGCCAAGUCCUCCUCAGCCAAGGCCCCUCCCUCCCCAGUCCUUUCCUGCUUGGGUGUCCCUCCUGCAAGGGCUGCCUCGCUGCCCCCUCCUGGGAUCUGGUGAGUCUCCUCUCUCUCUGGGAUCUGGUGAGUCUCCUCUCUCUCUGGGAUCUGGUGAGUCUCCUCUCUCUCUGGGAUCUGGUGGGUCUCCUCUCUCUCUGGGAUCUGGUGAGUCUCCUCUCUCUCUGGGAUCUGGUGAGUCUCCUCUCUCUCUGGGAUCUGGGUCCAGUGUGCUUUGAAGACGUCGCUGUCCGUUUCACGGACGAGGAGUGGGCGUUGCUGGAUCCUGACCAGAGAGCUCUGCAUAAGGACGUCAUGGAGGAGAAUCGUGGGAUCGUGGCCUUUCUUGAUUGAGAUGUAUUGGAAAUCGAGAACAUGGGUGACCAAAAGAAAAUCCCCAGAGAGGAGAAGCCACGGAAAAAUUUGGAGUAUGGAGACAGCUGCAGUCAUAGCUCCCAUUCCACAUCCCAUCAAAGAAAUCUCAUUGGAAAGAAAUUCUAUCAGUGCACGGAAUGUGAAAAGAGCUUCAGGAAGAACGCCCAUCUCACUAAGCAUCAGAGAAUUCAUACAGGGGAGAAACUCUAUCAGUGCUUGGAAUGUGGAAAGAGCUUCAGUCAUAGCUCCUCUCUCACUUACCAUCAAAGAAUUCAUAGAGGGGAGAAACCCUAUCAGUGUGUGGAAUGCGGAAAGAGCUUCAGUCAGAGCGCCAAUCUCACUAAGCACCAGAGAAUUCAUACAGGGGAGAAACCCUAUCAGUGCUUGGAAUGUGGGAAGAGCUUCAGUCAAAGCUCCUCUCUCACUUCCCAUCAAAAAAUUCAUACAGGGGAGAAACCAUAUCAAUGUGUGGAAUGUGGAAAGAGCUUCAGUCAUAGUGCAUCUCUCAGUUCCCAUCACAGAAUUCAUACAGGGGAGAAACCCUAUCAGUGUGUGGAAUGUGGAAAGAGGUUCAGUCAGAGCUCCAAUCUCACUAAGCACCAGAGAAUUCAUACAGGGGAGAAACCCUAUCAGUGUGUGGAAUGUGGAAAGAGCUUCAGUUGGAACAACUUUCUCACUUCCCAUCAAAGAAUUCAUACAGGGGAGAAACCCUAUCAGUGCAUGGAAUGUGGGAAGAGCUUCAGUCAAAGCUCCUCUCUCACUUCCCAUCAAAAAAUUCAUACAGGGGAGAAACCAUAUCAAUGUGUGGAAUGUGGAAAGAGCUUCAGUCAUAGUGCAUCUCUCAGUUCCCAUCACAGAAUUCAUACAGGGGAGAAACCAUAUCAGUGUGUGGAAUGUGGAAAGAGGUUCAGUCAGAGCUCCCAUCUCACUUCCCAUCACAGAAUUCAUACAGGGGAGAAACCAUAUCAAUGUGUGGAAUGUGGGAAGAACUUCACUGAUAACUCCUCUCUCACUUCCCAUCAAAAAAUUCAUACUGUGGAGAAACCAUAUCAGUGUGUGGAAUGCGAAAAGAGCUUCAGUCAGAGCUCCUUUCUUACUUCCCGUCAAAAAAUUCAUACAGGGGAGAAACCCUAUCAGUGUGUGGAAUGUGGAAAGAGCUUCACUCGGAACAACUCUCUCACUUCCCAUCACAGAAUUCAUACAGGGGAGAAACCCUAUCAGUGUGUGGAAUGUGGAAAGAGCUUCAGUCAGAUAUCCUCUCUCACUUCCCAUCACAGAAUUCACACAGGGGAGAAGCCCUAUCAGUGUGUAGAAUGUGGAAAGAGCUUCAGUAAGAACUCCUCUCUUACUUCCCAUCAAAGAAUUCAUACAGGGGAUAAACCCUAUCAGUGUGUGGAAUGUGGAAAGAGCUUCAGUAAGAGCUCCAAUCUCACUAAGCACCAGAGAAUUCAUACAGGGGAGAAACCCUAUCAGUGUGUGGAAUGUGGAAAGAGCUUCAGUAAGAACUCCUCUCUUACUUCCCAUCAAAGAAUUCAUACAGGGGAUAAACCCUAUCAGUGUGUGGAAUGUGGAAAGAGGUUCAAUCAAAGCUCCAAUCUCACUACGCAUCAAAGAAUUCAUACAGGGGAGAAACCCUAUCAGUGUGUGGAAUGUGGAAAGAGCUUCAGUAAGAGCUCCUCUCUCACUUCCCAUCGAAGAAUUCAUACAGGGGAGAAACCCUAUCAGUGUGUGGAAUGUGGAAAGAGCUUCACUCAUAGCUCCUCUCUCACUUCCCAUCACAGAAUUCACACAGGGGAGAAGCCCUAUCAGUGUGUAGAAUGUGGAAAGAGCUUCAGUAAGAACUCCUCUCUUACUUCCCAUCAAAGAAUUCAUACAGGGGAUAAACCCUAUCAGUGUGUGGAAUGUGGAAAGAGCUUCAGUAAGAGCUCCAAUCUCACUAAGCACCAGAGAAUUCAUACAGGGGAGAAACCCUAUCAGUGUGUGGAAUGUGGAAAGAGCUUCAGUAAGAACUCCUCUCUUACUUCCCAUCAAAGAAUUCAUACAGGGGAUAAACCCUAUCAGUGUGUGGAAUGUGGAAAGAGGUUCAAUCAAAGCUCCAAUCUCACUACGCAUCAAAGAAUUCAUACAGGGGAGAAACCAUAUCAAUGUGUGGAAUGUGGGAAGAACUUCACUGAUAACUCCUCUCUCACUUCCCAUCAAAGAAGUCAUACGGGGGAGAAACCCUAUCAGUGUGUGGAAUGCGGAAAGAGCUUCAGUCAGAGCUCCAAUCUCACUUCCCAUCAAAGAAUUCAUAGAGGGGAGAAACCCUAUCAGUGUAUGGAAUGUGGAAAGAGAUUCAGGAAGAGCUCAUCUCUCACAUUCCAUCACAGAAUUCAUACAGGGGAGAAACCCUAUCGGUGUGUGGAAUGUGGAAAGAGCUUUAGUCAGAGCUACUCUCUCACUUCCCAUCGAAGAUUUCAUACAAAGGUUGGAAAAACCAUUAUAAAGCCUUAGGAGACAGGCAAAUCAGCACCUUUUAAACCAGGCCUUUGGCUGAUUGACAUGUAAUGUCCUUUUCAAAUGUGGCGGGGAGGGGGGUUACAAAUGUGUAUUUUUUAUAUUGUGCUUUUAUGUUGUAACUGUCCUUAGACCUGUGGCUGUAGGGAUUAGGAGCCAAUUCUUCGAGGCCAAGGGGUCUUUGCCCCCCAAUAAUAUAUUUGAGGGGGCCACCCCCCAGUUGGUAGGCAUUGACAUUCCAAUGGCAUGCAUGCAUCAUGUGAUUUAUUGUGCAAGGAGGCCCUUACCUGGCCCCCCACCAAUAUUUUAUUCAAUUCAGCACCACUGGGUCGGGUGGUAUACAAAUUAAAUAAAGACAUAAAUCGCCUUCCUUUGCACGUGUUCCAACUUGUCAUUAUCCUUAUUUAUUUUCAUCUUUAAAAUUUAUGUACCCUAAAUCUGAAUAUUUCACAAUAUAAACAUGCAGGAUGAAAGCAUGGCUUUCUCAAAAACAUGUAAAGCCAGAGAACUAGAGAGAACCAACUAAGUUCUCAGUGUCACGUUUCAUCGUACAAAUGCAACGUGGGAGGAACCUUCUCUUCAUACUCUGUGAUGAAUUGUGUCCUUUUUCCUGUACCCCCCCAUGCUCUUGAAUACUCAAAGGCUGGCCAGCCAUUUCUGAGAGGCUAUCUGUGGAAUUUGGCCUUUCACCUACAUUCUGGGAGAGUAUUUCCAUGACAACAACCCCUCUCUUUGCUCUGGGCCAUCUUCCAACCCUGGCAACUGCUUAGAAUCAGAAGCUUCCUGUAUCCUGACAUCAGUGUUUAUUUAGAGAAGAAAUAAAAAUGUCAACUAAUACCAAGAAAGGACAGCCAAACCCAACACUCCUUACUUUAACGGCAAGAUGCCACUCCGUAGUUGACUUUGAAGUUAAUGCUGACGUAAAGGAAUUAAUUAUAGCUAUGGAGAACCCAAUCAACAACAAAUUGGAAAAAAACUCCUAAUUACUUAUGGACUCCUCAGGUCAACUAAAAGAUUUAACUAUCAAGAAUCUAGAAAAAGAAAAAUCAGUCCAGGACUUGAAAUCAAGAGCUAGUAAACAAAGGAAACCAACAAAAAACUACAAAACAAAUAUAAAGAGCUGAAAAACGAACAA